AAUAGUGUUAUCUUACAUGCUAGUAAUUGAAAUUCUCGUUGUUAUUUCUAAUUAUCUCAAUAAUUGAAUUUGCUCAUUGAGCAUCAUGUUACCUAAUAAUAAACUCGUUGCCGUUUGGUCUAUUUGUUUUGUUCCAAUAUUGGCCGACAAUUGGCCAAUUAUCUUCCAACAUAAAUUGGAGUGGGCAUCGUCAAGUUUUUCAUCAGAUUGCCAAAGCUUGGACGUGGUCAUCAAGUAUUAUUGCACUCAAUCAGAAUCCUUGCCUUUUGACACUGAUGACGAAUAUCGGAGGGUCUGCAAUGACCUUACCACCGAAGCCUUCGAGAGGUACUACAAUGGGGAAGUCAAGGUUGGAUCCCAAUCAUACAACGUGAGUAUUUCUUCCGAAAUGUUGGAAGAUCCAAGUCAUCAACACUUCAUCGUCUCGAAAUCAACACGUGAGGAAUGCAAAGGCUUGAGCGUGAACAACGUGAUUGUACCGUCAGAGGUCUACCAUUGCAAUGACAUUCAGUUCAAGUACACGGUGGCUCACGAAUUGGGCCAUGGGAUUCUGAUUGCUGCCGAUGGGAUCAUCAACUCCGCCACGCACAAAGGAACCAGUACUUUGGACCAAAUUGCGAGACCUGAUGGCCAGAUCGCCAAUUGUGAUGGCUCAACGACCUUUGAUUUGAUGCACUACUUUCCAGAGUAUCUUCCCAAUUGUUAUGACAAUGGUAUACGGGGAAGUGCAUUCUACGAAAAUGCCAAGGCCUCCGAGACAGAAAUCCAAACGCUGGUUUUUGGUUCCAUAGAGCAUGAUGGAUCUUGUGGAAGGUUCCCUGGAUCCGAUUGUUCAGUUGAGUCUGAGUGUCUUCCUGGAUUGAUUUGCUUGGACUCAAAAUGCCAAGAGUGCGAUGACAACGCUAUGUGUCUACCCAAUCAAUUUUGUGAAGAUGGUUCGUUCCUAGAUUUUGGUUUCAACCAUUGCCGAGACAAAAAACCAAGCGGUUCUCCCUGUCAGAACAAUGACCAAUGUGUAGAUAUUUGUUUGGCAAACAAUUCAACAUGUGCGACCGGACCCCUUUCAGAAUAUCCUUGAUGACAGUGGACGCUAAAAUACAUCACUAAUCAAUUUGA